ACCACCAGCUGCAGGAAGACAAUCACAAUUUGCAGAUGAGUGCUAGAGGCAUGAUUAUGCGUUCUCUUUUGAAAAGCACCCCCUUUUUCCCUCGUUAUCACAGCAAUUCUUCUGGUAUUUUUACUUUUCAGAGAAAAAUCAUUUGAGCCCCGAACUGAAGAUGAGUGGAGUCAUUCAGAAGAAGAACACAAAGACAAAGAAGAAUCACUCAACAGAUUCCCAUUUGCAGGUGCACAGUCAGACGAACCGGGUGACACAGACGUGGAACAAAAUCCAGCAAUAAAUGUAUUUGAUGAAGUUGACAGGGCAGCUAAUGAAACGGAUAGCAGCUCUGGUCCAGACCAAAAUAUACCUCACUCUGAGUUGGAGCCAGCUGACUUGUCAUCCUACAGAGGACUGUCAAAUGUGGAUGUGUGUGCUGAGGAAUUAAGAGCAGCAGAAGAUGAGGAAGGUAACAAACGUGGACCUGCAGUUGUAGAUGAGGAGCUUGUAGACUCAGGAGAAGAGGACAAUACUGAAGUUGCAGAACAAGUCGAAAUCAUUACAUAUUCUGGCCCAGCUGAUGUGGAUGUGUGUGCUGCAGAGCUUGGAGGAACAGAGAGAACAAUGAAAGGAGCCACUGCUGAAGAUGUGACAGAUGUUACUGAAGAGGAUGAAGAUCUAAAACACCAGCCGGAGGACAUUCUUGUAGAAUCAUUGGUUCCUCGAUCUGAAAUCACUGAGAAUGACCAACAAGAAGCAGUGGAUGAGCCAGAAAACGCAAAAGAGGAAAGAACAGAGACUGAAGCUUAUUCUGGGGAGACUCAUGAAAGUUUAGCUCAUGGCAAGGGUAGCUUAGAUGAUAAUGUUAUACCAAAGGAGGGUUCUUUGACUGAAAUUAGCUUUGGAGAUGUUCCAGAGGCUCAGCAGACUAGUGAGGUUGCGGUGAAAAAGCCAGACGAGCACGGUUCGAUAGAGGCCUUACAGAUGGACAUAUUAGAAAUACAAGAGAAGGAAGAGUCAGAGGAGCUUACUGCAAUUACAACUGGCCAAUAUACUGCUGACACACAAGACCUCCAUAAACAGGAAAUGGAGAGCGUUGAAAAGGUUAAUGGGGCCAAAUGGACAGAUGACCUGACUUUAAGUGAUGAUGAUGAGAGGGAAAAAGGUGAAAACAUUAGCUCGUUAAAUCAGCAAAGCACAGGGGCAGAAAAAGGGAAUCAAGAGUAUGAAACCAAUCGUACAACUGAAAAUAACGAGAAGGUAAGUGAGGUCAUAUUUCUCAAGGAUGAGGACUUGGAAAAAACGACGUUCUCAGAUGACCCUGAUUUCAAAGAAGGUCACAUGACAGAUAUGGUUGGAGGAGAUAACGAAGAAGCACACGAAGAAGGCUACAGCGAGACGAAGGAUCAAGAAAUUAAUGAUGGUGAGGCGGAAAAUAAUUCAUCACAGGUAACCCAGUCAAAUACAUCAAUGGCUAGAAUGGGGGCAGAGAGUGAAGUCUUUGAGGAGAGUUCACAAUAUCAGCGGGAGGAGAACGAGGGGAGUCAGAGAACACUUGUAUGGUUGCAGCCAGAGGACACAGUGGAAGAAAAAGAGGUCACGUCAAAGGAAGCAGAGGAACUUAGAAAGGGAAUGACUGACUCUGACAUACAAGAGAAAAUGCAGCUAGAGGAGAACAUCAACCUCCCUCACAGUGCAGAUUGCACUGCUGAUGAACACCAAGAAGAAGAGGGGCUACUUGAGUUAGAGGAGGACACCACAGUACCACCAGAGAGUACAGACAAGGAGGACUGCAGCCGGCCCCAGGAGGAGGAGGACAUCAUGGAUAUCCCUCUGGAUGACCCUGAGGCCAACAGGGCUGCUGCCAAAAUUCAGGCUGGCUUUCGUGGCCACAUGACUCGUAAGAAGCUGAAGCCAGAGGACAAAACAGAAGGGGAGGAGAGACAGGAAGAUCGGGGGCAGUAGAGAGAGACGGCACAUCUGCGACAGAGCAGCGACACCCCCGUCCCGACCUGGAUGAAGAGAAAGAGGGAAAGCAAGGUAGUGAGAGACGGCCGGCAUAAGCCGGCUAGGCUGGCUUUCAGGCGCACCUUUUUACCCCGGGAGUCUUUUUUCAACACAAAUUAGCAGUAGAAAAUGAACAGUUUUGAGGGUGUGUUAUGUGAAUCUUUUUUUCUUUUCUUUUUUUUGUGAACUUUAACACUCCUUCUCUGCUUCUUCAGCAGCCUCAUCAGUACGGAUGUCUUUGACCCAGAAUUUGCAACUCACUGCAUGUACUUGUGAAACUUCUGGUAGUGUGCUAGUUUUUAGACGAUGAUCUGUGAAUGUGAAAAUGAAUGUCCUCUAAAUGCUAAACAGGGCUUUUUUCGGGAUGGAUCACUUCAUAUGCUCUGUGUGUAAACCUUGUAUGCAUCACGUUGAGUGAUUAGUGGCUUAUAUGAUUUCUUACUUUGCAUUGUUUUCUGAUGUGCUUGUAUGUGCUUGACAGUUAUUUACCUAUUUGACUUGCGCACAAGAUUGAUUAAAACAUCAAAUGAAAAGUAGCUAUGUAUGUUCUAUUUGUUUAUCGAUAUCUUUUUGGUCACAUGGUUAGUAAGAUUCUCUUUCCACAUUUCCAGGCAUUUUCUAUAAAUCUGAUCUUCCAGAACAGUAAGCAUGCAGUAAUUACACUCCUUUUUUUUUCCAGAUGCAUUUGGUACAGCUUUACUUUAUAAGACACUGGUUCGGUAUGCCCUGUUGUUGUGUUGGUGGGUUUUACUUGUUUGACUUAUGUUAAAUCGGGUGUGUAGAAAUCCAUUGUCACUGUGUGCAGAGGCUUCAUGCUUUAAAAACAAACUGGAUAGUACCUUGCUGAACUUCGGUGUAGAGACAUGGUAUUACACUAAUAAAUCCACCUUCAAUAUACAGUGAGAUGUCUGUUUUAAACUGUC